GCUGGUGUGAAAGCUCUUCAGGAAUAUACACAACGUUCCGUGAUGAAGCUACUUUGUGGCAUCAGUCUGUUACUUGUCGUUACUGUUGCCUAUCACAUUUAUAUUCCACUGCCUAGGACGAUUUCAGAACCAUGGAAACUCAUGCUGUUAGAUGCUGCCUUCCGCUGUGUCACACAUGUUUUCAACAUGGCUCAUCACUUGGGUCUCACCCAUCGUAUCCAUGUUUUGAACUAUGCUAUUAAUGGCGUAGAAAUGCUGGUCCCAGUGUCCUGUGAGGGAAUUCAGGUCCAGGACACUCACUUUGAUGGAGUCCAGGUCCGUGUUUACCAGCCAAGUCAAAAAGAAAAGAACCAAUUGAGGAGAGGGGUGGUCUUCUUCCAUGGAGGUGGAUGGUCGAUAGGUGCUCCAAAGCUGGGCUCUUACGAUCUUCUUUGCAAGAAGAUGGCAAGUGAUCUAAAUGCAGUUGUCGUGACGGUGGAUUAUCGAAUGGCCCCUGAGGUACACUUCCCAGUGCAGUAUGAAGAAUGUCUCCAUGCCACUCAGCAUUUUCUGAAGCCAGAGGUGUUAGCCCAAUAUUCAGUCGAUCCUGAGCGUGUUGCUGUAUGUGGAGACAGUGCAGGAGGCAACCUAGCAGCAGCAGUAUCUCAGCAGAUUGGAGUAGACAAUGACAGCUCAGUCAAAUUUAAGGCUCAGGUCUUGAUCUACCCGGUGCUCCAGGCAUUGGAUUUUAACACUCCAUCCUAUCAGCAGAACCAGGAUGUUCCUAUUCUGUACCGCAGACUCAUGGCCCGCUUCUGGCUGGAGUAUCUCGGCGCCAACCUCGAUCACGUUCACCCAAUGCUGAUCAACAACCACACGGCCAAAGACCACGUACGGGGAUCAGCGCACCGUGCCAAGCUCGACUGGACCACCUUACUCCCUCAGAGCAUAAAGAAAGACUAUAAGCCUGUGGUGAAGGAGACCGGAUCACCUGAGAUCCUGGAGAAGCUGCCGGCUUUACUGGAUGUGAGGGCAGCUCCGCUGCUGGCUGAAGAGGACAGGCUGAGGAUGGCACCACGUGCCUACAUCCUGACCUGCGAACAUGACGUUCUGAGGGACGAUGGGCUCAUGUAUGGGCGGAGACUGGAACAGGCCGGCGUCCACGUCACAAGCGACCACCUCCAGGAUGGCUUUCACGGCUGUGUGAGCUUUGCUUUCUGGCCAUGUUAUUUCUCGGUAGGAAUACGGGCCGUGCAGAAUUACAUAGCUUGGCUUGAUGAAAAUCUUUAAAACCUUUCACUACUUGCCAUGACCACAGACAGACCAAAAAUGGUCCCUUGCUUGGUUUCUUUGAACAUCAAUUUGACAUUUCGUAUUUAAAGUAAUACUGAUAUGAAAAAAGUUGUUCAGUCAUAGACGAAUAUGUACAUACAGAGGGAGUUACAAGCUUUUGUUUUAAGCUCUUAAUGAAGCAUUCCAAAUGCACUAAGGCAAACUGCACGCUUAACAAAAAGUCACAUGACUACUUUAAAAAGCAUAGAAAAAAAUACUGUGCCACCGCUACUAAGACACACUUAGUAUUAGUUUUGCACAGUUUUCAUAUUAAAAUACUUACAUAUAUUUUAUAUUGGUAUCUUAAGUCACUUUAUGAUUUACUAUAAAGCAAUUUUAUUUGCAUAACUCACAUGUAUUACGUGUAUUGCUGUAAUGUAAAGUUUCCCUAAAAAGCUUCAAAAGAAUGUGUCUAUUGAGGUGAGAAAAGCAAGUCAGAACACUGAUUCACUGAUGAACUACAGCACAAGGCAGGGCCUGGAACGCCUUUUGCCCUAUAGGCAGAAACACACUCACUUCUGAGAGUAGAUUGCAUCAUCUGUGGCUGAAGCACCCAAAUAUCAAACAUCCUGUCUGUAAUGAAAAGUCACACUGUUAGCAGUCUGUUAGCUGUGUUUGAUGGUGUGCCACGUGAAGCAAAAUGUCCUCUCAGUUCACUGUGAUGUGCAUUUGUAUUGUACAUUCUGUAAUAUUUUCCUGUAAAAGUUGAAUGAAUGGAUGUUUACAAUUAUGUUUUGCACAGCAGUCAUCUGGUGCAAACAAUGAUUUCAUUACU